GCGAGUGAGCAGACGUGGCAACGCCUGACGUCAUCAAUGUGCAUCUGCGCUUCGUGGGCUAGCGAGCUGACCCUGCUAGCAGUUAGAUUCUGCUCUCUUUACGUGGACUUUGAAGGCCGAGGAGAUGAUGGAAGAGAGUGGGAUUGAGACUACACCUCCAACCAGCCCUACACCACCACCGAGUGCAGCUACUGCAGUCAGCCCUGUACCGAUGAGCAAAGGUCCAUCAAGCCACGCUGAAGGCAACAGCUCAGUGUCUAUUUGUUCCCCCUCAGUCAGUGCUCCUCCCCAUCCUGCUUUUAGCAGUCCCAUGACGCCACAUUCCAUCUUUCCUCCUCCGUCUUCACUUGGCGCCCCUUUCAGCACCAAUACCUCCGUCUCCGGCUCUCCCCUUGCCUCUUCUACUGGACCACCUCCCUUUUCUUCUGGUGCACCUCCUGUUGGGCCUCCUAUUUCCAAUUUUUCAAUGAGUGCAGGAUAUGACAUAACACGGGGUCAUGCUGGUCGAACUCCACAGACACCGCUGAUGCCAACUUUUUCGAGCCCACCCUCUGUUCCAGGUGUAGUGUCUAACCCUAUGGUACAGCAGCCUGCCAUGGCUGGGGGUUUCGAUGCCAGAUCCCCGAUCACGUUCCCUGAGGAGCAGGAAGAUCCCAGAGUACUUGCAGACAACAAUGCUGGUGGAGGAUUAUGGGGCUUUUUCAAGGGCGUUGCUGGGAACCCUGUUGUUAAAACAGUCCUGGAUAAGACCAAACACUCCGUAGAGUCUAUGAUUACCACUCUAGAUCCUGGCAUGGCUCCAUAUAUCAAGUCCGGAGGGGACAUUGACAUUGUGGUGACAUCAGAUAAAGAGAUGAACGUUGACGCGGUCCGAGAUGCUUUUCAGGAGGUGUUUGGGAUGGCCAUGGUUACAGGGGAAAUCGGUCCAUCCAACAUUGCCCCGCAGCCUGUGGGCUAUGCAGCUGGGCUCAAGGGGGCUCAGGAGCGCAUUGAUAGUUUGAGAAGAGCGGGUGUGAUUCACGAGAAGCAGCCAGUGGUCUCAAUGGAAAAAUUUAUCGCUGAGCUUUUCCCAGACAAGUGGUUUGACAUAGGCUGUUUGAUCUUGGAGGACCCUGGUCUUAAUGCCCGAGUGGAGGUCUUCACCCAGGCAACCCCACUGGCUCUCGAACAUGUCCAGCAGGCUCAGUCCCUGACCCCUCCGGACUACAGCCUCCGAUGGUCCGGUCUUAUGGUUACAGUCGGGGAAGUCCUGGAGCGCAGCCUGCCAAACAUCAAUAGAACAGAAUGGCUUCAGGCUAUGACGGGGAUGACACAACGGCAGAUGAUCUAUAAUGCCGCCAAAGCAUUGGCUGGAAUCUACAAACGGAGGCUGCCGCCCAGGAUUGCGUGAGGCUCUGCUGAAUUUUGUGCCCGUGAGCAUUUGGAGACAUUUGGAAGGAGUAGCAAAGAAAACUGAGAUCACUCGCAGCGCCAUGUUUUUCCUCACUGAGCAAAGCCAGAUGGUAAUGUUAAUUGACAUUCCAACUCAGCAACGGGGGUUUUAUUUUUGCAUAUCGCUUUCAAAAUAAAGCCAUUUUAGAAGUCAUCAUCUGCUCAUGCUUUGUGACAUUAUCUAUUGUGAUUUAUGUAAAUGACGGGAAGCCUUUCACAUUCAGUCCCAACAAAAUUCAUAACACAUAGAGCACUGAAGCCAUUAAGCCAAGAGUUACAAGAACUCUAUUGCCUUUUUUCACACAAUAUGAUGGGUAAUCAUCUCUGCCAUAUGUAAGAAUUAAUUACAUACAACCAAGAGGGUGCCUGGGGGUCCAGUUUAGGUUUCCACUCACAUCUGGGUGAGAGAUUUUAAAGGAGACAUCGGGAAAAUUUUUUUAUAUAUUUAUUAAUUGCUUGUUUACAAAUCAUUGGGUUUCUGGAGUUCCUCCCCACCUGUCAAAAAAAUAAAAUGCUUUUAAGUUGUGAAAAAAAAAUGCAUGUGUCUGUUUAUAAGUGGGGAUUUGCUUCCCCCCCCCCCCC